AUGGCUACUACUAAAUUUGAGGUUGCACGAUUCGAUGGAAAAAUUGAUUACAAUAUGUGGAGUCAAAAGAUGAACGCUAUACUGAUGCAAAUGAGAUGUGUUAGGGCUUUAGAUGACACUUGGCCUCAAGACAUGAACCCUACUAGGAAGGCUGAAUUAGAAGAGAUAGCCUGGAGUACUAUUUUCUUGUAUCUGUCUGAGAAUGUUAUAAGAACUAUUGGUGAAACUAAGACAGCUUCUGAACUGUGGACUAAAUUGGAAAAACAGUAUGUGACAAAAACCAUCCCUAACAAAUGUUAUAUGUUAAAACAACUCUUUUCUUUUAAAAUGGACCCUUCCACUAAUUUGGAUGAAAACUUAAAUACGUUUACAAAAUUGAUUCAAAAUCUUAACAACUGUGAUGAAAAACUUUCACAAGAUCAGUUGGCUGUGAUCUUGUUGAACUCCAUUAGUGAGAGAUAUAAAGAUAUCAAGGUUGCCUUAGAAUAUGGCAGGGAUGAACUUACUACAGAAAUAAUAAUUAAUGCCCUAAAAAAUAAGGCCCUUGAAAUAAAAUCUGACACAAAAGAAAGUCAUAGUGGGGAUACUUUAAUGGCAAAAUGA